CCCUCGCGGGCGCCGCGGGCCGGAAGCGCUGGGGCAGCGGGACCGACAAACAGGAAAGGGUUAAGGGGCGGCUGCCGCCGUGCAUGGGGGCUCCGAGGCGCUGUCACCCGCGCUCUUUCCGGCGACCCGAGACCCAGCAAAAGGUGGCCAGCAGUGGGACAGGAAAUGCAGAGCACCGCCAAUUACCUGUGGCACACAGGCGACCUGCUGGGCCAGGGAGCUACCGCCAGCGUGUACAAGGCCAGGAACAAGAAGUCCGGGGAGCUGGUUGCCGUGAAGGUGUUCAAUGCCGCCAGCUACCUGCGGCCCCACGAGGUGCAGGUGAGGGAGUUUGAAGUCCUGCGGAAGCUGAACCAUCAGAAUAUCGUCAAGCUCUUUGCUGUGGAGGAGACGGGAGCCAGCCACCAGAAGGUGCUGGUGAUGGAGUACUGCUCCAGCGGCAGCCUCCUGAACGUGCUGGAGAGCCCCGAGCAUGCCUUCGGGCUGCCCGAGGAGGAGUUCCUGGUGGUACUGCGCUGUGUGGUGGCCGGCAUGAACCACCUGAGGGAGAACGGAGUCGUGCACCGGGACAUCAAGCCUGGAAACAUCAUGCGCCUCGUCGGAGACCAGGGCCAGAGCAUCUACAAGCUGACGGACUUCGGGGCCGCCCGGGAGCUGGAGGACGACGAGAAGUUUGUCUCCAUCUACGGGACUGAGGAGUAUCUGCACCCUGACAUUUACGAGCGGGCAGUGCUUCGCAAGCCCCAGCAGAAGGCCUUUGGGGUCUCUGUGGACCUCUGGAGCAUCGGCGUGACCCUGUACCAUGCAGCCACAGGCAACCUCCCCUUCAUCCCCUUUGGGGGACCGCGACGCAACAAGGAGAUCAUGUACCGCAUCACCACCGAGAAGCCGGCCGGAGCCAUUGCAGGCAUGCAGAGACGGGAGAACGGGCCCCUGGAGUGGAGCUACAGCCUCCCGGGCACCUGCCAGCUGUCCAUGGGGCUGCAGAAUCAGCUGGUGCCCAUCUUGGCCAACAUCCUGGAGGUGGAGCAGACCAAGUGCUGGGGCUUCGACCAGUUCUUUGCGGAGACCAGUGACAUCCUGCAGCGCGUCGUUGUCCACGUCUUCUCCCUGUCCCAGGCCCUCCUGCACCAUGUCUUCGUCCACGCACACAACACGAUUGCCAUCUUCCAGGAGGCUGUGUGUGAGCAGACUGGCGUGGCACCCCAGGACCAGGAGUACCUCUUUGAGGGUCACCUGUGUGUCCUUGAGCCCAGCCUCUCGGCCCAGCACAUUGCACACACGACAGCAAGCAACCCCUUGACCCUGUUCAGCAAUGCCAGCGAGAACCCCACGGGACUUACCUUCAGGGAUCCUGCCCUGGAUGUCCCCAGGUUUGUCCCCAAAGUGGACGUGCAGUCAGAUUACAGUACAGCCAAGAGUGCACUGGGUGCUGGCCACCAGGCCCUCCGGCUGGCACGGACCCUGCUGGCUGGGCAGGAGCUAAUGCUUCGAGGGCUGUACUGGUUCGUGGAGAUGCUGCAGGCCACAGGCCGGAAAACCCUAGACGUCACGCAAACAGCCCUCCUCUUCCUCAGCAGCAGCCUGGGCACUGAGAGGUUCAGCAGUGCGGCUGGGGUGCCCGAGCUGCCGGAAGUGAAGAAGGCUGCAGAGCUUCGUUCCAGACUACAGACGCUGGCGGAGGUCCUCUCCAGGUGUUCCCACAGUGUCAGAGAGACCCAGAGGAGCCUCAGUGCCCUCAGCGCCCAGCUGGUGGAGAGCCGGGACCAGGUACAUGCGGACAAAAGCAUCCAGCAGAUUCAGUGCUGUGUGGACAAGAUGUUCGUCAUCUACAAACAGUUCAAGAAAUCCAGACAGAGACCAGGGCUUGCCUACAAUGAAGAACAGAUUCACAAGCUGGAUAAAGUGAAUUUUAGUCACUUAGCCAAAAGGCUCCUGCAGGCGUUCCAGGAAGAGUGUGCUCAGAAGUAUCACGCGUCUCUGGUCACGUAUGGCAAGUGGCUGAGGGAAGUGCAUGAGACCAGGACCCACCUGCGCCUCAUUGGCUGCUCCGUGGCGGCCUGUAACACAGAAGCUCAGGGAGCGCAGGAGAGCCUCAGCAAGAUCCUCGACCUGCUGUCUCACCAGCUCCUUCAGGAUCAGACCAGGAGUGCGCAGGCCUCGCCUCCCCUCACUGCUGCUUCUCCCAGCCCUAAGUCUGAGGGUCUCAUCUUCCACAUGCAGGAGCUCUGCGAGAGUAUGAAGCUGCUGGCCUUCGACCUCCAGGACAACAACCGCAUCAUCGAAAGGUUAAGCAGGACCCCGUCAGCGCCCGGCAUCUGAGCUCCAGGGGAGCAGAGGCACACAGCAGCCCUGAGCACUGCUCUGCUCUUCAGCCCUCGAGGUGGGGCCAGCACCGGAAGCUCUCUGGUCCCUUCGCACCAGCUACUACCUCCCUCAGGCCUGAGAGAUGGCCCCAGCCUUCCAGACCUUUCCAUGGACCGUUGUACAGCGGAUGCUGGGCUGCCUGGCAGAAACUUUGUUGGGAGCCUGUCACCUGGCACGACUGAACGGCUGGUCCGAGGAUGAGGCUCUGCCAGGCCCUCAACUACCCCUCUGCUUCUCACGGGACAGAAGGAGGUCCCUUGAGGAGACCCCCCCCCCCCAGGCGUUUCCCCGGGUGCAGAGUACUUGUCUUUCUCUCCUACGGGGUUUCCUUCCCUAGGACCCAGGAGUAGGAGAAUUCCCAGCCGGCGACUCUGAGGUGUCUCGCAGCCCAGGAAAGUCCAGAGCCCGGGUUCCCUCUGUCCCGAGUCUGGCCAUGACUAAGAGGGGGAGGCUGGGGGUGCCAGUGCCUGGGACCCCUUUCCUCCUCCCUCCCGGUGCCCCAGUUCUGGAUCUGCAGCCGGUCUAGUUCCUGGUAACCAUGGCCUUUUGCAAGGGGUGACAGCCCUGAGCAGCCUAGGACUGAG